AUGGAGCUCGAGGGCGCGCGAAGUCUCGACGCCUUCAUGCGGUCACAUCGGCAUGACGCGGAGACGUCGCGACAGACUUCAGCUCUGAUCCUCUACCGCCUGAACGCGAAGCUGGAGGAGGAGAGGAAGAAGAGCGCGGAGAGAGCGAGGGAGGUGGAGGAGCUUCAGAAGGAGGUUGGGGAGCGGAGGCAGCAGGAGACGCUGCUGCGAGCCGAGCGAGAUAUCGAGCGCAUGCUGGUAGCCAAGGCGAGGAUGCUCAUCACAGAGGCAGACGUGUCGCGAGCGCUGGCGCUGGCAGACUACGAGCAGGAGGUGAGGACGAGGGAGCGACUAGCAGUGAAGCUACACGAGACUGAAGCGAAGCUCUCCUCCGAGCAAGAGAUGUUCCGCCACUUCCUCCUCCUGCUGGAGGCGGAAAAGCUCAAGACAAAGGAGCUGAACAGACGAGUGGAGGGGCUGGAGGAAGCGAAGAUGGCGGCGAUGGAGGAGGCAGCGAGGCAGAAGCGAACGAUCAGCGAGCUGCAGAGGUCGGGGGAGAAGCAGAAGAGACUGUUCUCAGCGGAGCGAAGAAGCCUCAACAAGAAGAUAUUGAACAUUCAGUUGGCAGGAGCAGCAGCCUCUUCUCCCUCCUCCUCCUCGCCUCCUCGUCUCAAACCAGCCAAACGGUCACUCCCUGAACAAACUUCUGCUUCCAUCCCCUCGUCUCCCGCGUCUGAUCUGAAGGCGAGCGGAAACGAAGAGGCGGGGGAGGAAGAGAGGGAGAGGAGAGAAGAGGAGGAGGAGGAGACGAAACAGGUCAGAGAGAGUCUGUCUCCGCACGAAGACGAUGCGCAGGAGGUUGAGCGAACGUACGAGCAGCUGAAAGCGCUUGAGGACUUGUACCGGGAUCUGCAGGAACGAAACAUGCGGGUGGAGGUCGAGUUGGAGCAGGCGAAGGAGGAGGGGAGGAGGAGGGAAGGUGCUCUGGGUGCAGAGUUAGAAGAGAUCAGAAUCAGGGAACAAGAAGUCUCGAAGAAGCUGGAGGAGAGCGAGAGGAGAGCAGGAGAGCAGGAGGAGGCGCUUGUGAGCGUAAACGAAUCUCUCAGAGGGGAGCAGGAGAAGGUUGAGAGGCUCUCGAGUUCUCUGUCGUCCGUGGAGGAGCAGCUCGAGCAGGCCAAGCAAGAGCUGAGCGCUGCUGGACAGCAGCUGGAGGAUCUGAGCAUGCGAGCGACGGAGCUGAGCUUGCAGGCGAGCAUGUUGAGCAAGAGCCUCAAGGAGACGGAGGGGAAGAGGGCGGAGGCGGAGGCUUCGCUGCAUGCCGCACAAGAGGACAACAAGAUGCUCAAGAAGCAGGUGGGGUGGCAGCAGGAAGAGGCGCGAGAAGCCGAGGAAAGGAUCAGUAAGUUGGAGACAGAGAUACGCAUGAAAGAAAUCCUCAUCAAGUCGCUUGAGAUUGGCGAGAGGACCGAGCUUGAGGUGCUGGUACUCGGAGAACUCAAUGAGAUACAGGUGACGAUGGAGCGGAAGGAUCUUCCAAGUGUCGCUUGCUGUGUGUUGAUUUCAUGGGUGUUUCGCGAAGUCCCCGAUCUGCUGGUGUACGAGAGCCAAUGUCGAGUAGCACGACGCGAUGGACGUAUGGAUUGGCCCACACGUCUGGUGCAGCACGUAGAGCGCCUCGUGCAGUGCCUCCAGCGCGCGGUGCAGGUUUCCAAUCCGCUGGAACUUCUUCCCUGCUGA